UAUGGUACUGGUUGCUAUGUUGUUGCUAAUGUAAUUGAUAUGAUUGCUAGGGUAAUAAUAAUGGUUGCUAUGUUGGUUGCUUUGGUAAUCAUAUUGGUUGCUAUAAAAGUAGCUAUAGUAAUUGAAUUGGAUAUGAAUGGAGACCUACUCAACUGAUGCCAUCCUUACACCGAAAGACUGCAAAGAUUUGGAAAACAUUUUUGAAAAACCGUCUCAGACCCUCUCACAUGUCUGAAAACAAGUCGUAUAGUUCAGUUACAGACUAUGAUUUUGCAAUGAUUAGGGAUAUUGCAGGGUCACUUUUUACAAAACUGCAACUAGAUUCCUUUACACUUUUUAUCAUCAUGAGGUACAUAUUAAUUCAAGUCAAACAAUAGCCUACUUAUAUCAAAGUCAUAUGUUCGUGUUUCUGCAUUGUUUCAUGUGUGAUAUCCCUAACCGAUAGAGAUGUUCUGUGACGCGUAAUUAAACACAAACAUUUGGUUGUGAAGAAGAAGCCUAGGGAGUACAGUGAAUUUGAAUGCACUUCAAUUAGUUAAUUGUAAAACUCUCCAUUCCAUCAGAGAUACUGCCAUCUUCUUACGUAUAUACUGUCAGUCAUAUUUAACUUAACAAAAUACAAUUGUUAGGCUUGGACCAAACUUUUCACUUAACAUCUGCCUGGCUCUGCCCACAUAGUGCCUCUGAUCACACUUUUACCGCUUGCUUUGGCAAUCAUCCAGCACUACCCAUGUGGUUCUAUCAGGACAGAGAUGUAUUGUUGUGAAACUAGGACUGUUGAACUUUUAAAGCACUAUUGAAGGUAUUGUAGGCUAAUUCCCAACUACUGUGCUCUUCUGAAGGUCCAAAACCUCCCUGCAAUCAACAUCGCCAGGCAGGACACUGGAAAGGCUGUCCAGUGAAGAUUUAUAUAAAAAGGCAAAGAAGGCUAUCAGCGAUGUUCUCACUGAAAAAGUGAAAGUUAUUCAUUCUGCAUGUUCAACGGGUCCUUCUUCUUCUUCUAACAUGGUUUUUGAGAAGAGUGACACCGAUAUGGAUGGAGAAGAUUCCUCUACAAGCUCUUCACAGCCUGUUGACUUUGUGGGAUCCAUGAUUGUCAACACAUUUGUGGAGGAGAUUAUGUCAAUGAUUGAAUUCAAUGAGUGUCCAGCAGAAUCUAUUAUUAGUGAGGAAAAUACACAGGAAACUCAAUCUAGUGAGUCCUCUGUAGUACAGAAUACUCCUAAGUGUCAGAUUCUUGAAGCUGCAAGAGGACUUUACAACAAAGUUCACCUGAAAGUCAAGGAAUUCUUCAAGAACCCAGUGAUUCUGUGGAGCAAGUCAACCUCAGACGAGGAAAAUAUACAAGAGGAGGCAGUGGAGGCAACAGAUCAUCCUCACUUACCGCCCUCGUCAGUGCAACCCACCAUCACUAAGAGUGAGCAGCUACAGUCCCAUACCAGGCCACUGCUUAGAAAGGUGUAUAGUGACAGCAGCACACAUAGAGUGGUCUUGGGAGAAUUUCGUUUGUCCGAACCACAGCUUGAUGCCUGCACUAAACAUGCCUUGAAAGGUGUCCUCACUUCCCUCUUGUCUGCGGAGUCUGAAGAGCCAUGUUUAUCAUUGGGUGCACCUGGCGACACGUUUGUGGAAAAUGUCCUUUUCCAACUGGAUGACUUAAUCUCCUCUAGCUCGUCAAUGACAUUAGAGAGUAAUAGUGAUGACUCAAACAAGUCCUCAUUUGAGAAUGUCACGAAGACUUCAGAUUUCGCAUCCAGGAAGUCUUCCUCUCAUGCAUGUCUUCAAAAACUGGCUAGUGAGGGAUUUCAUACGAGUGCUCUCAAGGCUGUAAGUGAGUCUGUACUGAAGAUUGUUACAAGCCAAAAUUAUAGUGAUGUUGUGAAUCAACAUUAUUUGCCAGAAAGGGUUCAGGUGAGCUCUUUCUUUUUCCUUCCUGUGGAAACGGAGCCAUCAAGCACUGAGGCAUUUGAGCUGGACAGUCUUGAAAGUGUAGAUUCUGCUGCGUCAAUGAUGACCAAUCAGUUUGUGAUUGAUCUGCAAGAGUCUUUCCAUUCCAUCAAGGUUGAGGGUGACAAGCCACAUAAGAGGAAUUUCCUUUCUAAAGCUGUGAAAAUGUAUGGAAAUCUCCUCAUCAAGGUAGAAGAGUUUUUUACUCAGAUGUCACCCGGGGGAACAAGCCAAGACAAAGAACUGGUAAAGGGACCCAUGGAAGAGCGAAAUGCCAUCAGUGAAUGUGAGCAUGCCCCUCUGAAAGACCACGACAUCCAUUCAUUUAUUAAUCUCAAGGACACCACCAAAGAGGUCAUGAGUAAGAUUUUGACAGUAUGCAAAGAGGUGAUGGGUGAAAAUGCAGUGUGUGAAACAUCACCUGCUGUCUCAGCCCAAGACAGUAAUGUAAUACUGCAGCUUGAAGCCUGUUUUGCCUCCGCCGAGUCACUUAUUCAUACACUUGGUGUUGACGAUGAAACAGAGUCAGGUGCAGUCCCCUGGCCCAGUGAAACACCAGCUGAAGCACCUGCUGUGCAACAUGUUUGCAUCAACAUGGAUGAUGUGACUGAAAAGGAAUCCUCUCCUAUCUCUCGCCAAAAAAUUGUUGGUGUUGUGAACACCAUCUCUACAGAGCUAGAUGUGGAGAAUGGACAAUGUUCUUCGUCCCCCUCUCAGGAUCUUACCUCACUGGAUGAAAGGCUGGAGAGACUGCUGUCCAAUGAGCGUCUUACUGCAUUCGCUCACAAUCUUGCUGAACAGGUGCAUUAUCUUUUCCUUUUAGACCAGAAAAGAAAAGCCGUAAACAAAUCUGCCUCCGACUCAGCUCUUUUGAACAUGGGACAGAGUUGUAGUUUAUCAAAAUUGGAUAACAUCAGAGAGGCUAUUCAGAUUUAUGCUGAGGAGACAGUGAAGAAUUUCUUCCUGCCUUGUUUCAACAUUCCGGCACCUUGGAACAUUGAUGUAGGAAGAUUCUUACCACAAGCUUCAUCCUCAGUUUCAUGUCCAAGCUUUCUCUAUUCCAUGUAUGAAAUCAUACCACAAGGUACUUGUAGAUCUCCCCCACAAGUGCUGCAGAGCACAAUACAGACUCUUACAGCUGCCACAGUCAGGGAUGUCAUGAACUCGCUGCCCCAGGAGGAGCAAGCAGUCCAGGAACCACUACCUGACAGUGAGCGAGUUUUCAGCAGACCUUCUUCAGGUGUGUCAGAAGUGUGUUCAGUAAGCCCAGAUAUUGUCACAGAUUACACCGAUCCCUUACUGAGCCCAAUGGAAUCCAGCUCUGAUGACUACACCAGCCCGGUGACUGUUUUGAUCCUUCGCUUGCUCUCAAAGCUGAAUAAUCAACAGCCACUGUCUGAUGACAUGUUGGACACAUCCAGAGUGCUCAUCGACAGAGUCAUCUCUGAAAUUGAGACUGCCUCAGGUCUUUCAAAUGGUACAGCAUGUCCAGAAGGUGUGAAGAUCCGAAAGAUCUCCAGAGUCAUUUACUCCGAGCUUGUGCAUGAAUUUGGUAGUAAGGAAGCUCUCCUGAGGACCAUGAUGUCAGAGGGUCAUUCCUUUGAGAAGGCUCUGGUGAGAAUACUGUCACGUGAACUCAUUCAGACCUCUGUUCAACUCACACCCGAGGAAAAGAAAACCAAGCGGCAGUGUUUUCGAUUCCUACCAAAAAUGUCCAAAGUCAAGGCCUUUUUUAAUAUCAAGCUGAAGAGAUCAAAGUCAGGAAAUUGUGCUGGGGAACAGUCCACCAAACUGGAUCUGGAUUUGAAUCCAACCUCUUCUGCUCAUGGUGAUACAAGUAAGACUUCAAUCCAAUGUGGGGGCUGCUUUCCUCGUGUCAAAACAGCUUCCUCAACAAGUGACAACAGAGCUACUACCUCUGAAUCUUCAAUCAAGAAGCCUCGCAAGGGGAUUUUCUCCAGAAUGAUUUCUCUUAUAUCUAAAAAGUCCUCAAAGAUAUGCCCUGAGGCACUUGGCUAA